AUGAGAGCAGCGCGAAUUGCGGGACCCAAGAGAUUCGAGAUUGAGGAUGUGGAUAUUCCCAACAUCAUAGAUGGCGAAUGUCUCAUCAAGCUGGAAACAUGGUCGGUUUGCGGCAGCGACAUACGUCACGCAUACGGCCCCGUCCAUCCUGAAGAAGAGUACCCAAUGCGUGUCGGCGGUCCCUGCCACGAGGCGGCAGGCACAGUCGUCGAAAGCCGCUCCGACAAGUUCUCCGUCGGACAGCGCGUCAUUGUGCUCCCCGGCCCCAGGACUGGCGGCGGACUCGUGGAGUACAUCAACGGCGACGAAGGGCGCAUGGCAGCCCUUCCCGACCACGGUGACUUGACUAGCUGGGUAAUGUGCCAGCCGUCCGGCACCGUCCUCUACUCCUGCCAGCAGAUGGGCACAAUACUGGGCAAGAACGUGCUGGUUAUGGGACAAGGCUCCAUCGGGCUGUCCUUCACCGCGAUAUGCGCCCGCGCAGGCGCGAGCAAGGUCAUCGCCGCCGACCUGUUCGACUAUCGGCUGGAGUUCUCUAAGCGAUUCGGCGCGACCCAUACCAUCAACCCCUCGAAGGAAAAUCUGGACGAGGCGGUGCUGGAGCUAACCGGCGGCGAAGGCGCAGACAUCACCGUCGAGGCUGGGGGCUAUGCCGAGACGCUAGAGGCGGCGCUGCGGCUGGUGAAGAACCUCGGCAAGACCAUAAUCUUCGGCAUACAGGAGAACGCCUCCGGGGAGAGGGCGCGGCUGGACACAUCGCUCUUCCUGCGAAAAGCUCCGACGAUCAUCCCCACGCAGGGCGCGACCAGCGGCGACGCCAUCACGCACAUCGAGAAGAUGAUUGAGCUGAAAGAACGCGGCUGGUGGGACCCGGGUGAGAUGGCAACGCACCUCAUGCCCUUCGACGAAGUGCAGCGCGCCUACGACAUGUACGAAGCCCGCGAGGAUGAGGUCAUCAAGUCGGUGAUGACGCUGUAG